CACAGAAUCAAGAUGGCAGCCAGUGCGCAAAACUUGCUAGCGGAUUUAGGAUUCCCCGACGAUUUACUUCAGGUGUUCAGAGAAUGCGGGAUCACUCUGUAUGAGUUGGUAUCCAUAUCGUUCGAAGAUUUUAAAAACAAAUUGGAAUCAACAUCAGUUCAAUGGAAGUAUGAAGUACUUUUCGAUAUUAUUGACGGUUGGAGGAAGCGAAAUAAAUUGUAUGUUGUGCAAACAGCUCCGAAACCGUUGACCGCUAGUGCAUAUUUAGCACCGCUACCUCGAUCCAUACCUGUCACCGGAUCCAUUGUGAUAAACAAAGAAACACCGGAGGAAUUACAGGCCAAGGCGGAAGUUGUUGAUACAUGUUCUCACUCAGCUCAGUCUGCAGUUUGUCUCAGUUAUGUGCCUCCAGUUGCGGCAAGCGACGAGUUCACAGUAGCUGGUGUCUCAGAAGAGCUUGCAGAAUGUUCCAAUUUCUCAUCGGAUUCUUGUUUGAAAGAUAAACAGACGGCAGAAGCUCCCAAGCUAACAUCUGCGGAAAACGGCGAAUGUUCAGUGCAGGCUGGUGUUUCAGGAUAUCUCGGUAAACAUUCUCAAUCCCUUCCGCAGGCUACAGUACCUGUCGCUCCUAUUUCUUCGGUGACAGAAUCUGGUACGGAAGACAAGCCGGUGGCAGAGCUAGAUGUAGCAACACAGAGCAGCGUAUUUUCAGCAAGCACUCUUCUUACGCUCUUGGAAGCUACCAUAGAAGGAAAGGAUAUUAUCGAGAAAGCGAAAAUUGGUGAACUUUCAGAACCCAAACAGUUGCAAUUAUCAACAACUAUCGCAAAGUUUCAUCUACAGCAUAAGUCCAGACUCCGAACAGAAGAUUUGGAGACAUACGCCGAAGCUAUCACAAUCUUAUUCAAGUUUGAGAUAAAGGACAAUUAUUACAUCAGCCGAGGCGGCGAUCGUCGCAACCAUGGUGGUAAAAUAGCAAAUAAAAUUGCAAAUCUGAAGCAGAAAAAACGUAAAACCGAAAUUAAAGAGCACGAACACGCCAAAAGUUUGAAAUUGUGUGCUGUUCAUCAACCCCAUGAAGAACCAGAAGCUCAAGAUGCUGUAAACUGGUUAAUUUUGAAUCAGCACCCAUGGGAUUCUGUUUUGCACAAAUGGCCUCUGAGUUUUAAUCACCGGAAACAAUAUUUAAAAUCUGCUAGUCUCGUUGAACGGUUGCUCACUACAUAUUCGCAUUAUAAAUCAGCGCACGGAUAUCAACUAAUCGACAUUGAUUAUCGUCUCCUAGAGGUUGGUGCAACGGAUGGAAUCGAUAAACUGGAUUCGAUUACUCCAGCGAUUGUAACGUACAUUGCUCGAAAGGGAACCGAUCCAUCGGUUGUCAAACUUGUAAAACAUCUAACGGAUAGCAGCACCAACAAAGGUAAGCAAAUAUGGUGA